AUGGUUUUUGACGGUAAAUGGGAGCCUGAGAUGAAUUCCGUCCCAGGUGCUGAGCUAGGGGAAGCCAUCCCCAGCAAUACUGAGCAUGCAAUUAGUGUUUCUCUCCCUACAUGGCGAUCAAAUGUUGGCUAUGAGGAGAAUGAGAACUGGGUCGUUAGCAAAAUGCAGAGCGGAUACCCUCGGUUCUUCAUACACCCGGAAAUAAUCGCCCUCGAGAAGUCUAUUUCCGAUACCCAUAGCAAAGCCAAGGAGCGAUGCAUAUUGUUCCCCUCAGCGGUUGUUGCCUCGGCUUGUAGGAGCUUCGUGAUUUCACGGCUUCGACAAUCUGAGAAUAGCGUUCAAGUAUCCGAUCAAGAAAUUCGCAUUAUUUUCUUAUCGUCUUCUCAAGUGCAAAAUACACUUCAUCCUCAGGCCGACGUAUGGGCCAUUUUCUUGCCAGAAUCAUUCUAUCCCACUGCAAGGGAAUUCUGGCAACAUACGGGAGAGGGCAUCUCGAGUCGGCGAGCAGUGUACAUCCAUAAAGCACUUCGAGAAGGAAAUUUGUCAGUAAUAAAACAGUCAAUUGACUCUCCGUGUGACAACAAUCCACUACAUCGCGGCCCAUCGCGAUACUCAAAGCAUUGUGGGGGGAAUGCUUCUAUUGGAACCAACUCACGAAAACAACGUAAUGCCUCCGGUUCCGACGGAAUAUCGACUAAUGAUUUUGUAGAAAUGCGCUACGGCCGUAAUCUCGAGGCUGACGCAGUUCAGCAAGCCAAGCUCGCAAUAAAACAGCGGAUCUCGGGGAGCAUGGUCACAGAUUGUGAUUCAACUGGUCGAACCUCCACUCAGGGCAGAGUUCAAAAAAUCUCACCUGAAGAUGUCUUCCUUUUCCCGACCGGGAUGAGCGCUAUAUACAAUGCACACCGACUUCUUCGCACUUUGUUCGGCCCGAGCACGAUGGUUGAAUUCGGAUUCCCUUACUUGGAUACCCUUAAAGUCCUGGAGAAGUUCGGUGAUGGCUGUUUGUUCUUAGGCAAUGGGAACGAUUCUGACCUAGACGAAUUGGAGCGGGUUAUCGACGACGGCAAACAGAUAUCGGCUUUGUUCUGCGAGUUUCCAUCCAACCCUCUGCUAAGAUCACCGAAUUUGAAACGCCUUCGCGCCCUAGCUUCUCGACAUCGAUUUGUCAUUGUUGUAGACGAAACAAUCGGCAAUUUUGUUAAUGUUGAUGUUCUUCCUUAUGCCGACAUACUUGUUAGCAGCCUCACCAAGGUUUUUAGUGGCGACAGCAAUGUCAUGGGUGGGAGCUGUGUGAUCAACCCGGAGAUGCCGUUCUAUCAAGAUAUCUCACUAUUAGCUGCAAAGAUGUUUGAGGAUAAUUAUUGGGGUGAGGAUGCGAUAUUUAUGGAGCGGAACAGUCGAGAUUUCGCCUCUCGAGUUUUGAGGAUCAACCAAAAUGCAGAGGCAUUGGCCGAGCUGUUUCUUAAAUGGCCUACAAUUAUAAAACGCGUCUAUUACCCUAAACAUGACGAGUCCCGGGCUUAUUAUGACGAUUGUAAGUACACAGAUGGUGGUUAUGGAGGCCUUCUCUCUAUUACUUUUCAUUCCACGGAGCUUGCGAUUAGAUUUUACGACACAAUAAAAACGGCAAAGGGGCCGAGCCUUGGGACAAAUUUUACCUUGACAUCGCCGUACGCUCUCCUUGCGCACUACAAGGAACUUAAUUGGAUUGCUCAAUACGGCGUCGAAAGCCACCUUAUCCGCAUCAGUGUUGGUUUGGAGGGAAAAACUACUCUCUUAUACAUGUUCGAACAAGCGCUUUUAGAUGUAGCAUCAUUUAAGAAUUCGAAUUAG